AUGGGAGACUCUGCGAUUCACGCGCUCGCCGGCGGUGUCGGCGGCGGCAUCUCCAUGGCCCUCACCUACCCCCUCGUCAACCUGUCGACCCGUGCCGCCGUCGCUACCAAGAAGUCGGACAUGACCCUCGUCCAGGCCAUUAAGAAGACGAUCCACGACGAGGGUCUUUCGGGCCUUUACGCCGGUCUUGGCUCUUCGCUCGUCGGCAUUGUCUUCUCGAACAGUGUCUACUACGCCCGGCCGACACGCACCGCAAGCAAUAUUGGGUUCGUCCAGGAACGUGGGCUGACCCCUCAGGCGUUCUACGAGGAGACGCGCUCCAAGAUCCUUCGCCGCCGCCCGGCCGGCAGCACGAGCUCGGCGCUCACGACGGGCGAGGGUAUCCUCGCUGGUCUCAUUGCUGGUACCGUCACGACGCUCGUGACGAACCCCGUCUGGACGGUGCAGGCGUACCAGUCGACGCGGGGUGUCACGAACGAGUCGGGCAAGAAGGAGAAGCCGACGGCGUCUAGCGCGCUCAAGGCUAUCCUGAAGCAGGACGGCAUCAAGGGCCUGUGGCGCGGUAUCGGCCCGGCGCUCAUUCUUGUUAUCAACCCGGUGAUCCAGUACACCACCUUUGAGCGCCUGGUCAGCGCUGUCCUUACGUGGCGCGCCAAGCGCUCUGGCACGACGAGCGUCGCUGGCCGCGGAUCCCUCACCGACUGGGACUUCUUCAUCCUCGGCGCGCUCUCCAAGCUCGUCGCCACGGGAGUGACCUACCCCUACCUUGUUGUCAAGUCGCGCCUCCAGGCUGCCACGCACAAGUACAAGUCGUCGAUCACUGCCGUCAUCCAGAUCCUCAAGACCGAGGGCAUCUCGGGCCUGUACGCCGGUAUCGGCCCCAAGCUCCUCCAGUCGGCGCUCACCGCUGCGUUCAUGUUUGUCGCGCAGCGCCGUAUCUUCGAGCUCGUCAAGAGCCUCGUCGUCGCUGCUCAGCAGAAGAAGGCCGGUGCUCUCCGCGCUUAA